AUGUCGUACUCGAACUAUAACCAAUUUGGGGGUAGCCCAAACAUCAAUCCCAAUGAUUUACAGAACCACGGCUCCGCAUUUUCCAACAACUUUAAUGGAGGAUCGAAUGGCUUCUCUAGCGGGUCUGCCCUCUUUGGCGACGAAGAGCUUCUCGAUACGUUAGGCAGUCCGACAGAACAGGCCCCAUCAAACAUGCAGGGUCAGGAUUUCAACGGCAUGAACAUGGGCUUUUCGCAAGACGUCUAUCCUUCUCAGAUGAACGGAUAUUCAAACACUCCAGAUGGUGAACCGAUUCAGAGCCCAUUCGUCCACAGCUAUGGCGGUCAAACUCAGUUCCACCAGGUCCCAAGACCAUCAUUCGGCGCCUCGUUACAAUCGCCCUUGUCUUACACUGGCAAUGAGGCCGACGCCGAUUUCCUCAAACAGCCUCGCGCUAGACUUUCAUCCGCCCAGGCCCAGGCCAUGCAGCGCAAGGCCUCCAAUACGAGGAGUCCCUUAACACCCGGCACCGCAACAGCCAUGGCGAACUUGACCGUCGGCUCUCACGAAUCGCCAGGCUUCGGUGCACAACCUAUUAGAGCAUCUGGUGGUCAUCACGAAAAAUCUCCCUCUAAUCAGUGGGGGAUACCUACAGGUAGCGGUACGCCAAAGAGCUUGUCCUCCUACCCAGGCUCUGGUCUUUCUUCGCCUAUGCAAAAUGGCUAUGCCCACCCACAUCUUACUGGGAUGAUGCAGAAUGCUGGUCAGUCUCUUCCGGCGAGAAUGGGCGGUCCAGCAUCUACUGUCAAGUCGCAAGAUGACAAGAGAAGGCGUAGGCGUGAGUCACACAACGCCGUUGAACGUCGCAGGAGAGACAAUAUCAACGAAAGGAUUCAGGACCUUGCUACACUCGUUCCGGCUCACCGGUUGGAUGAUGAAAAGAUCAAGAAAUUCAUCAGUAAUGGCACACCGCUCUCUCCAAUACUGACUGGCAUUUCCAUGCCUGACCCAGCCACAUCCGGCCUUGCAGGACCCGGCGCAAAGCGUGCUACAGGUGCUGGCAACAUCACUACUGGCCUUCCUAUUGAUGACAAGGACAAAGGUCCAAACAAAGGCGACAUCCUGCAAGGUGCUGUGGGCUGGACUAGAGACUUGAUGUGGAUGCUGCAUCUCAAGAUUCAGCAGCAAGAAGAACUGGUCAACAGCAUCCGUGAACUAGGUGGCCACACACCAUUUGAGCUCACUGAUGACGAGAAGCGCAUGCAAACCGAGUUGACCGAGGUCAUGAAUGCUAUGUCAUCCAAAACCAGGACCGAACCCCUUUCUUACACGCGCACCGAUGGAUCAGGGCUUAGAGUCCCGGAACACACAGACUACAAGGGUGAAGCUAUCAACGGUUCUAGCACAAUGGGAGCCAUACCCAUCAGCCCAGACGAUCCCAGCCCUGGUGAUCUUGAUGCGGAUCUUGUUGCUGAUCUUGAUGCCGAUAUUGACGUCGAACUUAUCGACACGGAUCACUAUUGGCCCGGACAUGAACGACUAAAGGAAGAAGAUGCGUUUCAACUCGAGAUGGCCAUGUGA